AAUCUCCAAAUCGUUAUCUUGAAUCGGAUGUAAAUAUCCAUUUCAAGACACCAAUACGUCAUGAAUACAAACAGGCCAUGUCGGAUGAGGAUUUAGCACAACGGCAAGCCGAACAAAUGCAAAAGCUUUAUCAGGAGGAACGUCGUCGCAAGUACUUACAGGAGUUGCAGGAUAUGAAUGCACGUCGCCACACCGAUAACUUUACACCAACACAAAAAUCACCAAUACCGUUAAAUCGUUAUGAUGACUUCCAAUCAGAUUUGGCGCCCAAAUCGCCGAAUGCGAUAACAACACGAACGGCAGCGCGUGCGCUAUACAACUUCCAAGGACAAAAUGCAAGAGAACUCACAUUCAAGAAGGGCGACAUCAUUUACAUACGCCGCCAAAUUGAUCGUAAUUGGUACGAAGGUGAAUUUAAUGCCAUGAUUGGUCUACUGCCUGUGAGCUAUGUGGAGGUCGUAAACAAAGAAAUUGCUCGUCAACAACCAAAGAAACCAUCAGAGGGACAGGCGCGUGCCAAAUAUAACUUCCAAGCGCAAUCCGGCAUAGAAUUGUCGCUGAACAAAGGCGAACUGGUCACACUGACACGACGCGUGGAUGAGAAUUGGUUUGAGGGCAAAAUAGCGAAUAGAAAGGGCAUCUUCCCAGUGUCAUAUGUUGAGGUACUCACUGAUAUUGGCGCCGAAGAUAUUGCCGCUCGCACCGUUAUCACCGAACAGGCGAGCGUCACGAAUUUACGUCCCUCACUCGACACACUACGCACAAAUAUUAAUAACGAGUUCAAUUUAAUAACCAAAAAUGGCCAUCAGCCACCGAAUGGCAUACUCAAAGAAACCAAACACCACAACAACAAAAUUGAUGCACUACACGUGGACACGCAUUCAGAGCCUCUAGUUUAUCGCGCACUCUACAAGUACCGACCGCAGAACUCUGACGAAAUGGAGCUGCUGGAGGGCGACAUCGUCCAUGUGCUGGAGAUAUGCGACGACGGCUGGUUCGUGGGCACGUCACAGCGUACGGGCUGCUUCGGCACCUUUCCCGGCAACUAUGUGGAACGAGUACGCUGAGCGCCUCAGUGCAUGGUUGGCGCCAGUGGAACUGGUCAAUGCGUUCUAACAAACACACACACACAUACACAUAAUCACAAAAACAAAACAAACAAAUGAUGAACACUUUAGUUGAAUGAACAAAUUUAAUGAAAAGCAAUCAAAGAAAUUAAAUAUUAAUAAAACAAAAACAAAUACCAGCAGCUGCAAUAGUAAAAGUCGCUUAAUAUAAAUUACAUUUAAUUUU